AUGACCAUCAUCGUCCACCAUCUCAAUGAUUCGCGGUCGCAGCGCGUCCUCUGGCUGCUGGAGGAGAUGGGCAUCGACUACGAGAUCAAGCACUACAGCCGAACCGCGCAGGGCACCGCACCCAAGGAGCUCCUCGACGUUCAUCCGACAGGCAAGUCACCUCUGAUCACCGACACGACCAAGAACAAGGUGGUCGCUGAGUCCGGUGCCAUCGUCGACUAUCUCAUCCGUCAUUACGGAGAGGGACGCUUUGUACCGGCUGAUCCCGAACGCAUCGAUGACGAUGUCUAUUUCAACCACUUUGCCGAAGGAUCUCUGAUGCCUACACUGGUCAUGAAGCUGGUAUUCAGCAUGAUUCCAGCCAAGAUGCCGUUCUUCGUGCGCCCCAUCGGCAACGCGAUUGUCAGCAAUGUCAACUCGGCUUUCCUGGACCCGGAUCUGAAGCGCAAGUCCGACUUUGUUGCGGACGAACUCGUCAAGAAGUGCGACGGAGGCAACGGCUGGUUUGCUGGCGGCGACAAGGACGGCAAUCCCACAUCGGCGGAUUUCCAAAUGGCAUUCCCCCUCGAAGCGGCUCUCUCGGGUCGUAUCUCGAAUCUGCCGGCUUCCAUCAAGACUUACGUCGACAAGGUUCACGCUCGGCCUGCUUUCAAACGAGGUCUCGAGAAGGGUGGCCCCUACAAGUACGCUUGA